ACAUGGCAACAAAAGGCGGCACGGUGCUUCCGCCUUGAGAAACUUCUGUGAUUGGCCAGCUGUACGUGUCGCGACUGCCUUUUACCAAUCCCAUUGGCGAAGACCCGGAAUGGCUUGGGCGGCUCGUCCAGUCCGCUCUGAGAAAGAGGGACGGCCGCUUUUCCACUGGCCAGCGCGCCGUGACGAGAAGACCAAUAAGAAGCGGCGCUAAUUUGGCGCCUAGUUUGAGUGGGGGUGGCCCGUGGCUACCGCCGUUUCGCCGCCGCUCUCGCGCUGCCGCCAUGUUCAUCUCCGACUGCCGCCGGGAAUUUUACGACGUGAUUGUCAGCCAGCGUGUUCUUCUUCUUGUUGCUUCAGAUGUUGACGCAUUAUGUGCUUGUAAAAUACUCCAAGCUUUGUUUCAAUGUGAUCAUGUGCAAUAUACACUUGUCCCAGUAUCUGGAUGGCAAGAACUUGAAACUGCCUUUCUCGAGCAUAAAGAUCAGUUCAAAUAUUUUGUUCUUAUUAAUUGUGGUGCCAAUGUUGACCUUCUGGAGAUCUUGCAGCCUGAAGAAGACACUCUUUUUUUUGUGUGUGACAGCCACAGACCUAUCAAUGUAGUGAAUGUUUACAAUGACACACAGAUUAAGCUGUUAGUUAAACAAGAUGAUGAUCUCGAUGUUCCUGCUUAUGAUGACAUCUUCAGAGAUGAAGAGGAUGAAGAGGAGGACUCAGAGAAUGAAAGUGAUGCAUCAGAACCUUCAGAGAAACGUAGACGUUUUGAGGAGGAUGUAAUAGAGAGAACAAUGAAAAGGCGACAAAGACGAGAAUGGGAGGCACGCAGACGAGAAAUUCUUUUUGAUUAUGAGCAAUAUGAAUACCAUGGGACCUCAUCUGCGAUGGUGAUGUUUGAUCUGGCAUGGAUAAUGUCUAAAGACUUGAAUGACAUGUUGUGGUGGGCUAUUGUUGGCCUAACAGAUCAAUGGGUCCAAGAUAAAAUCACUCAAAUGAAGUAUGUGACUGAUAUUGGAAUCCUACAGCGUCAUGUGUCUCGCCAUAACCACCGCAAUGAGGAUGAAGAAAAUUCUCUGUCAAUUGAUUGCAUGCGCAUAGCAUUUGAAUAUGAUCUGCGCCUGGCACUUUAUCAGCACUGGUCUCUGUAUGAAAGUCUCUGUAACACUUCAUAUACCUCUGCUAGCCUUAAGCUUUGGUCCGUACAAGGGCAGAAGAGGCUCCAGGAGUUUUUGGCUGACAUGGGUUUGCCUUUGAAGCAAGUGAAACAGAAGUUUAAUUCCAUGGACAUGUCUUUGAAAGAAAAUCUUAGGGAAAUGAUUGAAGAAUCUGCAAACAAAUUUGGAAUGAAAGAUUUAAGAGUUCAGACCUUCAGCAUUCACUUUGGCUUUAAGAACAAGUUCUCAGCAAGUGACAUAGUUUAUGCAACAGCUUCUCUCAUGGAGAAUAUAGAGAAAGAGGGGCCUGAAACAACAAAUUUCAUUAAAGCUUUGGACAGUCUCUCCAGGGGUAACCUGGACAAACUGCACCAAGGACUGGACCUAGCCAAAAAGCAGUUACGUGCCAUUCAGCAGACAGUAGCCAGCUGUAUUUGCACCAACCUUGUAAUUUCUCAGGGGCCUUUUCUCUAUUGCUCUCUCAUGGAGGGCACGCCAGAUGUGAAACUGUUUUCCAAACCAGUGUCUCUGUGCCUGCUUAGUAAAUACUUACUCAAAUCUUUUGUUUGCUCUACAAAAAACAAGCGUUGUAAACUGCUGCCACUGAUAAUGGCUGCACCAAUGGAUGUUGAACAGGGAACUGUGAUCAUGGUGGGGAUUCCUCCAGAGACAGAAAGCUCUGACAAAAAGAACUUUUUUGGAAGAGCAUUUGAGAAAGCUGCAGACAGUACCAAUUCUAGGACUUUACACAACCAUUUUGACAUGUCAAUAAUUGAACUGAAAACAGAAGACCGGAGCAAAUUUCUGGAUGCACUUAUUUCUCUCUUGUCCUAAUGGGUGCUUUUUGGCUCCUUGUGCUGGAAGCUGAGGAUCAGAUGCUCUGAAAUUAUUUUGGCUGUUCCAAAGCUCAUGGUGCUGCAAUUGUGAUGUAUCGUCUUGCUUUACCUUAAAUAUACUGGUACUGGCCUGGACUGUUGGUUUUAUGCCUCUUGGGAGGUCAAAAGGAUUUUAACCUUAGCACACAGAUAUUGAAUGCUGCUGCUUUGUAAACAUCCCAUCCUCAUAAUGGCAAAAGGUGUCAACUAGGAGUAUUUGCAAAUCGGACUUAUAUUUGUCAAACGUGCUUUUAUUAGUAGACAUACUCCUGUGAUGUUUAGUUGUUGGCCAAUAACAAAAAUAGGUUUUUAAGAAGUUCAUAUUUAUAUUACUAUUAUAUUACCAUUCAAAUGUUCUUUUAAAAUUGUCUUGAAUGUUUUUCUUUUUUUGUUUGUUUGGGGUUUUUUUUGUUUUUUUUUUUUUGUAAGAAACUUUUUGAAACUGUCCUUGAAUUUCUAGAAUGUUGAAACUGGUUUUUAGUACUGUCAGGUUGAGGUCUUGUACCUUAAUUGAAGUAACUGUUUUGUGAGACAAGUUUUAAGACUUUAGGGCUUUUAAAAUCCAAGUACUGAGUAACUGCCAAAUACCAAAUGAAAAAUCUGGGGAAUUCCCAUGUCAGUAAAGCAUUUUUAGUCAUGCAUUGUGAUACUGUAUUGUCACUUGUAGCUUGGCUUUGGGAAUAAUUUUCCUGGAAAGAGUCUAAAAUACUAUGAUAAUUAUGUGUAGACUGUAGCAUUAUAAACAUUGACAGACUAGCUCAAUCCUGUUCCAUAACAGAGAUUUCAUUUCACUUUGGUCAUAUGAAAUGGUAUGGCUUGUUAGACUUAACCUGCUGUGCAUUGGGUGGGUAUGUAUAUGUGUAUGUUUGGAAUUCUUUUCUUCUUACAGUGUUUCCUUGAAUUCUAUGUGACUUCAAUGUUUUCAUGUAUUAUAAUUAAUAUGUAAAGGUUAUAUAUCAUUACAUCAUACUCUGUACAGAUUUUUAAUACAGGUUAAUUUAAUAUUAAAUGUGAUUUAAAUGUA